CUUAAAAAAAAAAACAAACCAUAAAAAACAAAAAAACCAAACAACCACCAUGUCGGUUGCCUUUGCUUCUGCUCGCCCAAGAGGCAAAGGGGAGGUCACCCAGCAAACUAUCCAGAAGAUGCUAGAUGAAAAUCACCACCUAAUACAAUGUAUUAUGGAUUAUCAGAGCAAGGGGAAAACUGCAGAAUGUACUCAAUACCAACAAAUCUUGCACAGAAACCUGGUUUACUUGGCAACAAUAGCAGAUUCUAACCAGAAUAUGCAGUCCUUGCUUCCUGCUCCACCAACGCAAAACAUCAACUUGGGCCCGGGAGGAAUGACUCAGAGUGCAUCCAACCAAUCUCUCCAUUCCCAGAGCAAUCUCAGUGAUGCAAUCGGGACGGGCCUCCCUCCUUCCUCCCUCAUGCAGAGUCAGAUCAGCAAUGGUCCUAACCAUGUGUCUAUGCAGCAGUCAGGCCAGAACACCAUGCCCACCACCUCUCUGAGUAUGACUGUCAGCAGCCACGGGACCGGGCCUGGCUACAGCCACACAGUGCCUGCAUCUCAGAACGUGCCAAUGCAAGGCCAGGGGUCAAUAGGCAAUUAUGUCUCUCGAACAAACAUCAACAUGCAGUCUAAUCCAGUCUCCAUGAUGCACCAACAAGCAGCAACAUCCCACUACAACUCUGCCCAAGGAGGGAGCCAGCACUACCAGGGCCAGUCCUCCAUUGCCAUGAUGAGUCAGAGCAACCAAGGCAACAGCAUGAUGGGGCAGAGGCCCAUGGGCCCCUACAGAGCUUCACAGCAAGGUUCCUCACAGCAGUACAUGGGUCAGGAAGAAUAUUACAGUGAACAGUACAGUCAUGGCCAAGGCUCCUCAGAACCCAUGAACCAGCAGUACUACCCAGAUGGACACGGUGAUUAUGCUUAUCAGCAGUCAUCCUACACUGAGCAGAGCUAUGACAGGUCGUUUGAUGAUUCUACACAACACUACUAUGAAGGAGGAAAUUCUCAGUACAGCCAGCAGCAGGCAGGAUACCAACAGGGAGCUGCACAACAGCAAACAUAUUCCCAGCAGCAAUACCCAAAUCAACAAAGUUACCCAGGACAACAGCAAGGAUAUGGUCCUGCACAAGGAGCUUCUUCACAGUAUUCCAGCUACCAACAAGGACAGGGGCAGCAAUAUGGGAGUUACAGAGCUUCCCAGACGGGCCCAUCCGCUCAGCAGCAGAGGCCUUAUGGCUAUGAGCAGGGACAAUAUGGAAAUUACCAGCAAUAAAAGAAUACGAUCCUGUGUCAGAUUGGUUUCAAUAGUAUCUCCA